AAGAAAACAAUUAGUAUUAUUAUUGUAAGUUUUCACUACACAAUCAUAAAAGCUUUAUUGGAAAGCGUAGCAUUUUUUUACAUCCUAAAAAAAUUGCUGAGUUGGCUUGCGCGUCGCACCGUCAGUCUGCCGUAACGUGGCGGCGCUGCGCUCGUGUGUGUGCUGCAGGAGUGGCUCAGUGGCUCGAACUGUCAUUGUUCAUGUAGUUUUCUGUGAUAAGAAUUACUGUGAAAUUAUAGUUUAGCGAACUAAUUUACACAAUCACGAUGUCCGCCUCGGGUGAAUUCGGCAAUCCUUUACGCAAGUUCAAGCUGGUUUUCCUAGGGGAACAAAGCGUGGGGAAGACGUCGCUCAUCACUAGGUUCAUGUAUGAUAGCUUUGACAACACUUAUCAGGCAACAAUUGGGAUCGACUUUCUGUCGAAGACUAUGUACUUGGAGGACCGCACGGUCCGGCUUCAGCUGUGGGACACCGCGGGCCAGGAGCGGUUCCGCUCCCUCAUACCUUCCUACAUCAGGGACUCUACUGUCGCUGUCGUGGUUUAUGAUAUUACCAAUGCGAACUCAUUCCACCAGACCUCCAAAUGGAUCGAUGACGUCCGCACGGAGCGCGGCUCCGACGUGAUCAUCAUGCUGGUUGGCAACAAGACGGACUUGUCGGACAAGCGCCAGGUGUCCACUGAAGACGGAGACAGGAAGGCGAAGGAGCUCAACGUUAUGUUCAUAGAGACCAGCGCUAAGGCUGGCUAUAAUGUCAAACAGUUGUUCCGACGAGUGGCAGCCGCGUUGCCCGGAAUGGACUCUGCCGAGAACAAGCCGCCGGAAGACAUGCACGAGGUGAUUCUGAGGCAGGCGCCCGGCGACAGCAAGGAGCCCGACAGCGGCUGCGCCUGUUAGUGCCCGUGCUCACGCUGCGGACUGCCACCGACCACUGGCUUAUAUUGUGUACUAGCUUUAUUGGGGUACUUGACGUUUACAUCUGUCAAACCGCCAUUUGCAAAGAUUCUGUGGUGAUACCAAGCGAUAAUGUCACUGAUUUUCAAAUGUUUUUUUUAAACACUUGAGUCUACAAUUCUUGACAGCAGAAUAAUAAGACCUUAUAACUGUUCAAAAUGUUUGGUGUCAACUACCCAAUUGUUAAGCCUCAUUUGACCUCAAGAAAAGCAGAUGAAACUGUACUUCUGUGGUAUAGGUUGUAUACAAUAAUGUUAGUGAGGUUGUCGGACGAUAUCCCGCGGUCCGCAGCAGGCCGGCCACAAGCGAAGUGUAUGAACCGAUCUGAUACGUGCUAGCGUGCUUUUGUGUGUUUGUCUACAGUGAUAUUAGAUUUUAAUGUAUAUUCAACUAGUUUUCAAAUUAUAACGAAUUAAGGCAUAAUUUUUAUAUGACUCCCUACUGUUUUAUAUAGACCUUUGUUUGUUGUAACUAAUGCCAUAUGUUGGGCGGGUCGUAGGUUCCUUUAACGACAGUUCAACGAUAGCAGUUGUCUUGUACAUGACGCUCGUUAGUUGCCAUAUUUGACGUAGACGUGUCUGUGAAAAUAAGAUUGUGUCACCCGCCCUAAGUAAUAAUUCGCUAGAACUUAGUUAUGAAACUGAAAUGGUGUCCUUCUCCUAUGUGAGGCAAAUCGUGAAAAUUAUGAAAAUGAAAAAUUUUGUGUCAAGGAAAUUUUGGUUAGUUCGUAUGAUUCCUAUAAAAGGUUGAAAUAGGACAAUAGUACUGUUUAUGAACUAAAGGUCUAUGUAAGACAGCGAUGUGCUACUUUGACUACGCAUUUACACAAAAGCACUAUGUAUUAGCCGCACUAGGAAAAUGAGUACUUAUGUGGGAAUUUAUUUAGACACGCUCUGCGCUUUGUGCUAAGAAAGAAAUGGGAAUAAAACAAGAAUUUUCAAGUGCAUAUUGCUUUUUGAACCGCUUAAAAAAUAAAGAACAUCUUCGACAGUUAUAGCACAGCAAGUGAAAAUUAAAUUCCCUCAUUGUUUUAUCCCUUUGAUAAUAUUAUUAUAUAAAUGUAUUCUAAGCGAGUUUUUAUAUUUAAGUUAUCGUAUGAGACUGAGACUGCACGCCCUCUAUUGUCACCAUGAAGCUUAUAAACUAUGGGUUGGUAGCAGGACUUACGCUGGCUCCAUACGUUGGCCCAAUGCUGGCUCCAACACUAUAUCAGCAUGUUCCUCUAGAAUAAAGCAUUGACCACCAACACACGCGCCAAAAUUGGGAGUUGGUCACCAUGUCGAUUUUCAAAGGAGUCAAACCUCGCUUUCCGUCCUCACUUUGGUAGGAAUGUUGGCACCAACGUGUUGAGCCGGCCUUAUGCGAAACUGAAGCCGUAUUGUGACAAGUUCAAGAGAAGAAAAAGAUCCUUUUCGCUCUGUGACGUGUGACAGAACGGCGUUUGAACUGACAAGAAUAUUAUUACUAAGAGAGAAUUAUACGUGUUUAUUGAUUGAUGGUGAGGCGGCAUCGUAACGUUUGCAAUGUCAUGUCAUUGGAGUCCCCUUAAGCAUACUUGUUGCUAAUAUUUACAGUGUUUUGAUGUUUUGUCUAAUAGCAUUUCUUUUUUUUUAUUUUGAUACAGUCAAGUUUUGUUGACAUGGCAACACUUCAUUUUGAUACUUUUAGAGGGUCUGUUGGUAGCAAAUUGUGUGUCCUAUUCUUUAUUGCCUUAAGUGUAAAAAUCUAAGCAAUUUUCUAUCGUUCAAUUUGUUCAAACAGUGUAUAUUCUUUCUUACAAUGGAACCGGGAAUACUGAACGUUACGGUGGCCUGCCUCUAUUUAAUGUUACGGUAUAAGAGCUGCUCUGUAUGUUGUACAUAGCGUGUGGCGGCGAGACUCCGCUUUUCCCUCGUAAAAUUCACUGUUCCUAUUACUUUGAACGUCAAAUGUUUAUUAUCCGAUUCAUAUUUUUAGUGCCAAAGAAGUUACGGUUGAAAACCGACAUGCGUCUUUGACACAUAUAAAUAUCUUAAGAGAAUUGGGAGUCCCGCGGUCUCUGUACAUUAGUAUUAUUUAUUUACUUAGUGCUUAAGUGCAUAAACUUACGAUUCUUAUGUCUUAAACGAUUUUAGUGAGAUUUCACAGCUAGCUUUCUCGUGUCGAUAUCGAUAAAUUUAUAGAUAACACUAUUUUGUAAAUGUAUCAUUCCAAUGUGCUUUGUUAAUGAUAUAUAAUAUAAUCAAUACAUAUAGCAAUAUAUACAAUAAUUUUUAUUAAUGUUUGGCCUCGUAAAGGAUAUUUAAUAAAUUUAAUGCUUAUUUAUAAUUAUCAUAAAUUAUUUUUAUAAUUUAUUUUAGGUGCAAUAUAUUUUGUACAAUUUUAUUGUUGCAGCUGUUUAUUUCAGUAACGAAAGUUUUCUACUAUAUAUUGGGUAAUAUUAUUCAAAUAAAUUUUACUAUUCUACUAUUACCAAUAUUGAUUUUAAGGAUAUUUUUAUUUAUUUCUACAUGUUCAUAUUAAAUUAAAUUAUACUUGUUUAAAUAUUAAAAAUCAGAAUAUUUUUUUUUGAUUUGAUUUGAUAACGUUCAGAUCCGUAUCAUUUGCUAUUACCACAAUAUAUCGUUGAAAAUUCUUGUUAUCCAAAAUCAAAUUAUGUACGUAUGUGUAAUAAAAACUACAGCUUCAUUCCUAUUGCAGUCUUGGGUGCACUCAAAUGUAUUAUGUAUUAUACCUUUUUAUGUUUAGUGCUCUUAUAAAUGUUACUAUAAUAUUUUAUUCGUAUAUUUUGCUCUGUAAAUUAUUAAGUAAUCAAAUAUUGUAAAUUAAAUACAUGUAUAUCGAAUUUUAUAUAAAGUCAGAUCGGAUAUUUAUAAUGAGAUUGACAAUACUUUUUAGUCUGACUGAUUUUUUGAAUCCUCAGAAAAUUAAAUGAAUUAAUUCCAUUAUGUCAAUUAUUUUAGGUACUUGAGGCUUGUAUUUUGUGCUAUCAAGUUUAUUUAAACGUACUAAAAGUAGUAUGAGUGUACCCCACGGUUGUAGAAAUUGACAAGAAAAUGUAAAUACCCAUAUCACGCUGGUUUAUUUUGAAUAAAAUAUUUAAAACACUUAA